AUGGCUCCAUCAAAACUGUCCGCCAACGGCUUGCAGGGCAAAAUGGCAUUCCUUCGCGAGGACCUAAAACAUUUGUUUGACGACAAAGGCAUAGACGCCUCUGCCUACGAGGCAGUGGUGGACUUCCGCGACCCCAUCACGCGCUACUCCUCUCUGUCCGGCUACCUCUUCAACAUCGCCUUUCUGCGUGCCGCCUUCGACCCACGGUUCACCCUGCACGACAUGCGGCCUUCAUUGGACGAGCCGUACGGCAUCACCACCCGCUGGACCAUGUCCAUGCGCUUCACACCCGCGGCUGUGCUGCCCACCCGCACGUACUGGAACCCCACCAUCACCUUCACCGGCACCUCCACAUACGUCUUCAACCCCCUCAGCGGCAAGAUCUUCAGGCACAUCGAUACAUGGGACUCCAUUUCAAACCAGGAGUUUUUUUCGGUGGAAGGUUUCAUUGACUUUUUCAAGCAGCUGCUGUCAUUCUACACCACCCCUGAUCUUGAGACACCGGAGUAUGCCGUGCUCAGACGCAACCGCGACUACGAGGUACGACGGUACCAGCCGUACACGACAGUUUCUGUCAACCCCGCUGGCCCCGGCUUCCUGGGUAUCGGCGCCCUGGCUCGUUACAUCCGGGGGGAUAACGAUCAGGCCGCUCAGCUGGCCAUUACCACCCCCUUGCUGAGCGACUCCAGGGGAAGGAUCCGUUUUGUGAUUGGCGAGUCAGAUUUGAAGUCGUUUCCCUCCCUGCCGCAAUCCAGUAAUCCCUCCGUGUCGCUGGUUAGACAGGAGGGGGGGGUGGUUGCCGCACGGACGUUCGGUGGCUUUUCAACAGAGGAAGAGGCGGCCAGGCAAUUGGACGAGCUCAGGGCCUCCCUGGAGCGAGACGGUCUCAAACCCGCCGGCCAAACAUGGACCCUGGCCCGCUAUAACGACCCCGCCACUCCGGGGCCCUUCCGGCGCAAUGAGGUGCUACUGCCACUGAGAGAUUUCGACAUCUGGCAGUAG